GUCAGAGUGUUUCUCCGCAAGAGCCCGUGUCCCGCUAGGCUCCGCGCCCUCGCGCCCGUAGCCCCGGCGGCGGCACGACCAGCGGCGGCCAAGCGAGCGCGCCGCCCCGCUCGGCCCUCCCGUCCCGCUCCGCCGCCUCUCUCCCGCACAGCAGCCGCCAGCGCGGCCUCCUGCACCAUGUCGGUGGCCGGCCUCAAGAAGCAGUUCCAUAAAGCCACUCAGAAAGUGAGUGAGAAGGUUGGAGGAGCUGAAGGAACCAAGCUAGAUGAUGACUUCAAAGAGAUGGAAAGGAAAGUGGAUGUCACCAGCAGGGCUGUGAUGGAAAUAAUGACUAAAACAAUUGAAUACCUUCAACCCAAUCCAGCUUCCAGAGCUAAGCUCAGCAUGAUCAACACCAUGUCAAAAAUCCGUGGCCAGGAGAAGGGGCCAGGCUAUCCUCAGGCAGAGGCGCUGCUGGCGGAGGCCAUGCUCAAAUUUGGAAGAGAGCUUGGAGAUGAUUGCAACUUUGGCCCAGCACUUGGUGAGGUCGGGGAGGCCAUGCGGGAACUGUCGGAGGUCAAAGACUCUUUGGACAUAGAAGUGAAGCAGAACUUCAUUGACCCUCUUCAGAAUCUUCAUGACAAAGAUCUUAGGGAAAUUCAACAUCAUCUAAAGAAGUUGGAGGGUCGACGCCUGGAUUUUGAUUAUAAGAAGAAACGACAAGGCAAGAUUCCGGAUGAAGAGCUUCGUCAAGCUCUAGAGAAAUUUGAUGAGUCUAAGGAAAUUGCUGAGUCAAGCAUGUUCAAUCUCUUGGAGAUGGAUAUUGAACAAGUGAGCCAGCUCUCUGCACUUGUGCAAGCUCAGCUGGAGUACCACAAGCAGGCAGUCCAGAUCCUGCAGCAAGUCACGGUCAGACUGGAAGAAAGAAUAAGACAGGCUUCAUCUCAGCCUAGAAGGGAAUAUCAACCUAAACCACGAAUGAGCCUGGAGUUUCCAACUGGAGACAGUACUCAGCCCAAUGGGGGUCUCUCCCACACAGGCACUCCCAAACCUUCAGGUGUCCAAAUGGAUCAGCCCUGCUGCCGAGCUCUGUACGACUUUGAACCUGAAAAUGAAGGGGAGUUGGGAUUUAAAGAGGGCGAUAUCAUCACACUCACUAACCAAAUUGAUGAGAACUGGUAUGAGGGGAUGCUGCAUGGCCAUUCAGGCUUCUUCCCCAUCAAUUAUGUGGAAAUUCUGGUUGCCCUGCCCCAUUAGGAUGUUAUGCUGGCUGGCUCGCCUCCUCUUGACCCAGAUAGUUACGGUUAACCACUGCUUUGGCAAUGCUGCUUAUAACACAUCCCAAGUGCAGGCCGCAGUGGUCCACGUCAUCCAGCCCCACCAAGUGACUUUGGUUGACUUGUGGGCUCUCACAGGAGUCAUGGUGAUGGAUGAUAUCCUCUUAGCCUGGUGGGCAUGGCAUGUGCUUUUUAAAACAUCAUCUGAGACCAGCCAGUAGUCACAGAACUGCUGCUUACACAGUUCUCAGGAGGCUGUGGUUUCUUAGAAUAUGACCAUGAGCCAUUUCACAGAAAAACCAUCCCACCGAAGAUAUUGUCUAUCACCCCAGGGGCCAUCUGAAGGUCUCUUUGCAUUUCUCCAUGCAAAGAGGAGAAAGCUUUUGCUUUCACACUGUCCCUUCCCAAAUAUGUGAGUCAUGGAAUUGUCAAGUAAGCCUUCCCUCACCAGCAAAUUGUCUCCUGAUCUGAAUGAAUUUGUCUCUUAAUGCAUCCAUAGAAAAGUGUUAAUUGUGGGUUCAAAGCAUUCUCUGCAAAUAGGCAUCUCAGCUCCUCACACUUAUGGCUAUUUCUGACGUAUAGCCAGUUUUCUUCCCUCCUUGCUAUUAAAGCCAGAGCGGUAAUUCCAAAUUAUUUUUCAGUAAGACAGUUAAUCAGCAUUAUUGUGAGAGGGACUGAAAAGAAAUUCUCCAUUAUGAGGAAUUGGGAAGAAAUCUGGUAUCCAAGCUUAAAUUUCUUGCUAUACAGAAACUGUGUAUGUAUUUAGGCUAUUUCUGAAGGGCACAGGGAAGGGGGAACAAAUAUCUUCACUUCAGUUUUAUUUGUGAAUUACAUGUUUCAUGAAUCCAUUUGGCACAGAGACACAAGGAAGAAAACACUAGUAACCAUCUUUCCACUAGUUCAUAGACUGAGAAACAGUAAAUACCUUUCCUUUCCACUUUUACCCUGUGUUCUUUGAACAUCAUUUGUGCAGAUUCUGCCCUCAAUGAGGACCAAAUAAAGAUGAUUUUUUGUGCUUAGCAGUUUAAGGUAUAUGGCUGCAUAUGCAAAACUCUUUCCCAAUUCAGUCGCUACUUUUACUUCUGCCCCUUCUAUCCAUCGUCUUCAUUUUGUGUGUACAGUGCUGUGUGUAAGCUUAUCAGUGUGUUUUUUUAAUUUGUAUCAGUCAUGAAAGUCCUGUUAGGUAUCCAGAGUUCUGUUUAUCUAGCUGUACAGACUCUUUCAAAGGUUUAACGUGCUGCUUCCGAUGUGCCACCUGCAGUAGUGGAUCAUGUGGAGUGAAAGGCAAAUCUUACUGCUUAAUGUAUAAACUCUCACCACAGGAAGCAUCGCUGUUUCCAAUAAAUAUUGCUGAAGACAGAACCAAA